UCUAUGGAAAAGAUCAUCAUCUUGUUGAGGAAGGACUUUUUGCAAGCAUAUGGAACGCCUUCUUUUGCCUUUAAACCUUCAGUCCACUAGAGGAAACGCCUAAACUGAAAGCCAAGGGCAAGAGACGACUACAGGGAGUGUAUAAGCCAUGGCUUCAAGCCAGGAAGAAAUUGACAAUUCAUCCUACCAGUCAGAUGACCACAUCUUGUGCGAUGAUUGUGACAAACUCUACAAAGGUCACUGCCCAGAGCAUGGUCCAUUGGAGUGGAUCAAGUCAACUAGGACAGUAUCUGCCGACCACUUCUCCCCUAGUGUUGCCUCUCUACCGGAUGGUCUAGUGAUCAAGGAAUCUGGUAUCCCUGACAAUGACAUGGGUGUCUUUGCUGCAAGACUAAUUUACAAAAGGACUAUGUUUGGACCUUUUGAAGGUGUGCAGAUACCUUCUAGUGAAAUACGAGAUGUCAAGAAUUUGACCUACUCAUGGGAUAUUCUUCAGAAUGGUAUCUCUAAUUUUGUUCUCGAUGGAACAGACGAAAAGAAAAGUAACUGGAUUCGCUACGUGACUUACGCUCGAGAUAAACGGGAACAAAACUUGAUAGCCUUUCAGUACCAAGGAGAAAUAUUCUAUCGUACAUUUAGAGACGUCUAUCCUGGCGAAGAACUGAUGGUCUGGUAUGAAGAUGAAUACAGCUGUUCUUUAGAUGAACUACCRCAGGAGUUUCCGCAAGAUCAGGUGCCCGAGUUUGCCUGUCAGCGUUGUCGAUUGGUAUUCGCAGGAACAACAUAUAUUUACAAGCACCACAAGUUCCGGUGCCCCGGUGGUCCUUUAGCUUGCACAUACGGUGCUCGCACUACAGGACUUGUUGGCGCCUUGUUCCGCUUACCUGUCGCGAUUGCAAACGACACUUGGUCGAGUCCAGUCCCCAGCAACAAUGAUUACAAGCCUCGAUCUGAUGARUCACACCAUUCAAGACGAAAAAGAAAACCCAGGAAGCUUCCUCGUCCAUCCGAUAACGAGGAAGCUUGGAACCCAGAACAGCCUUUUGGUCCUCCACCAAUCGCGGAACUGAACCAUAACGAGACUGACUCAAACCAAAAUAGAACAACCAUGGUGAUGUUGCCACCAGAAGCCAAGGCCUUUGAUGCGCAUCCAGAUUUUAUCAUAAAUAAUGAAGAGGCUAUAGAACCUGAAGAUUAUGCUUAUGAGAACUAUUUAAGAAGAUUGAACACCAAAGAUAGUAUUACUGAUUAUCAAGAAAAACGACCACGGCUAGAUGGCGAGACGUGUGUAGAUGAAGAAGACUCCAAAUAYCCAUAUCGUUGUAACGAGUGUGGGAAAUCAUUUGCACGUCCAGUAUGGUGGGCCAAGCACGAGUCACGCUGUCGCAAGAAAUAUGCGAAAAUUAAAGAUAAUGCUAAUCAUAGUACCGGCACAUCCAUCGUCGUGGAAAGCCUUUCUUCUACCAUUGAUCAGAUCAGCAAUACAAAACAGGUUAAACCAAGAAAAGAGCCCUACAAAUGUGGAUACUGCGACAAGAAAUUCGCUUGUCCUUCUUGGAUGAGAAGGCAUGAAAAAGUCCAUACUAAAAACUUAAAGACAAAGAGCAUAGCAACUGCUCACAGGAAGCCAGGAAAUGAAGACCCACCRCAUCCSUACGAGUGCGUCGACUGUGGCAGAACAUUUGCUGUUGCAGCUUGGCUCACACGUCACCGAGCAACUAUUCAUCCAAACAGCAAAGCACAAACUACUAAACCGAGGCUGCAACCCCGGRGACACGUGUGUAGGGAUUGUGGUAGAGGAUUCGCAGUAGCUGCCUGGCUUACCCGUCACAGAAUGACUGCUCACAAGAAUAAUGUUUCCAAGAAACAUUUCUGUGGUAUAUGUGGCAGAUCCUUUGCGGUAGCCUUCUGGCUGACGAGACAUCUGAAAAUCCAUGAGGGCUCUGAGCARAAGAAUGCUGAUACUUUGGGUGUGAAAUCCAAACCAAUCAACCCUGUUGUGUCCAUUAAGUCAAAGAAGCCGAUGACCUUACCUUGGGUUUGUGGACAAUGUGGCCUUAGCUUUAGGUUUGAAUCAUGGCUUAAAAGACACCAGAAAAAUAACAAACAUACCAAUGGGUUUUACCAAAUACCUAAAGCCGAAGAUAUAGACCAGUUAUUGGUGUGUGAGCGUGAAGGAUGUGGAAAGUCAUUCAAGACCAGGAGACUACUGGGCCGGCACAGGCGAAGACAUCUUAAGAAGGAUAAAGCAAAUGAUGUGACUGAAUCUUYGAGGCAACUUUCAGCACCAACAGCACCUCCUUUUAUCUGUCAAUAUYCCAACUGUGGAAAAUCCUACUCAACUAAACGAAUGUUGACGAGACACAUGCAGAAUCACGUUAAGUCAGAGGAAUCAAUGGUGGUUGACGUAGAUGCCGUUGUUGAUUCCUCUGAGUGUCAGUUUYGUAAGAAAGUUUUCAGUACGAAGGACUUGCUGAAUAGACACAUCAAACGAAUGCACGGCAAGGCGCUUUCAGCCUUAGGAGGAGRUGAGAGUAAAGCCGUAUUAGCAGACAUGGAGACCAAAAGCGUAGCUAAAUCUGGUAGUAAAUCUGCUCACACAUGUAAAUUCUGCCACAAAGUGUUCUCAUAUCCAUUACUGUUGCAAAGACAUUUGAAACGACAUASAAAGAACGAACAGACUCGAAAGAACCUCACCAAGGCACUAAAUAUUCCCCAAGACGCGGCCUCACCGGGAGUCGAGAAACAAAGUUACGUCUGUGAAAUCUGCAAUGUAUCAUUUAAGRGUCUGCACAUAUUGAACAAGCACAUGGAAAAACACCUCGGGGAAAAAAGGUCUUCACAAGAAAAGGCUUCAACAAAGACUGCUAAACCCGACCCGGAACAUCCAUAUCAGUGUGACCAGUGCGAGCGAAAAUUUGCAGCAUCAUUUUGGCUGACGAGACAUAAGAAUGAACACAAGAAAGAAGAAGAAGCAGCAGCAAUAAAACAUUCGAACCCUGUCGAUCCCAAGCUUCCUUUCCAGUGCGAGGAAUGUGGAAGGGGAUUCGCCGUAGCAUUCUGGCUAACAAGGCACAAAAGGGAACACGUGAGUUUAUCUUCUUCAGAAAAAGAAGUAGACGAACCAGUUCCAGUAACCAAAGGUAAAUCCAAGGUCUACGUGUGCGAUACUUGUGGCAAAGAAUUUAUCUGGCCCUCUUGGUUAGUGAAGCAUCGCAGGGUCCACAAGAGAAAAAUCACAGAAAUUAAAACAUUAGAGCGUCCUUUCAAAGAGAAACGGAUUAAAAAGAAGAAAGCUGUCGAGAAACAGACUCCAGUGAAUUACGACGGAGUUAAAGCAAGCAAGUGUUUUGAAAUGUUUGAGGAAAAUGGCGUUAAACAGUACCGUUGUACGAUCUGUGGAAAGGCAACUGUUUGGCACACAGGAAUUGUUUAUCACAUCCGAGUCCAUCAUACCAAGGAAAAGCCAUUCAAGUGUCGCGUUUGUGGAAAGGAUUUUCAUAUGGCCGGCGAUUUAACAAAACAUGCACGGAGGCAUUCUGGAGAAAAACCAUUUUAUUGUCAACAUUGCAAGAAACGAUUCACUACCUCACAGCAGGCAAGCAAGCAUGCAGCUAUCCACUCUUCUGAAUUGCCUUUUCAUUGUAAACAUUGUGGAAAGAGGUAUCGUGAUCGUAGUUCCGUGUGGCGACACAUUGCGAAAAAAUCAUGUCCCGGCGCCCAAGGACUUGCAUCAACCACCCCUAAGGUCCAUUCCAAAGAGCAGCAUUCUCCAAAAACUCCUAUCGUUGAGAAAAAGAAUGCUACGUCGAAAAAGCAACAGAUAGAAGAGCCAAAGCCCCGUAAUCAGCCUCGUGCACAAAAGAAACCCCUUGCACAACUUGCUAAAUCGGUUCAGAGCGGCAAGAWAAAUGUUACAAACAAGAAGAAAACCAAGAAAGUUUCACAUGACUGCAAAAACUGUAACAAGACAUUUGGCCAGCUCGAUGAAUUUAAAGCUCAUAUAGAAAGCUACGCUAAAGCUGGUCAGAUMGUUUGUGAAUAUUGUGGCAAAUGCUGGGCAAGAACCGCUGAUCUUACCAGACAUCUGCGAGUACACACAGGAGAACGACCCUAUCUUUGCCCAGACUGUGGUCUGGGUUUCAAGGUGUCCGACGCUUUGAAACGCCAUAUGUUGAAGUUACAUCCCAAGUCAACCAAAACUAUGAUAAGGAUAAAAACUGAACCAUCAAAGACUGAAGUCGUUGACCACAACAUGCUUCACGGCAACGCCACGGAUAACAAAAAGGCUAAACAAAUCUCUGAGAAUGAUUAUCAGAAUCAUCCAUCCUCAGGUGGAAGAAAGCGUGCACAAGAGAAAAAAACUGUUAACGCCGUGAUAAAAAAUACCGACGGAAAUCUUCAAAACAACUCCGGAAAGCCUUCAUCGGAACGAACUAGUUUGAACGACUCUGGACGUAAAAGGCGCGCUCGUCCUAAACAUGCUGACAAUCUUUUGGGGACCAGUUUUCCAGAAUACAUCAAAAGCCAUGUUAAAAGUAAUUCUUUAAAAGAAUGUAAAACAAAUGAAAAUACUAAAGAAGGUGCUGAGCCAAAACAAAGUGAAGAUUUAGUUGAAAGUUCUGGAAAACAACUUCAAAUUAACGAGUGCGAGACAUUUCCUUCCAAUGACGGGGCUGCCUUGGAUAACAGGGAACAUGAUAAGUCGAGCCAAAUGAACGAGAGCUUGAUAGAUAUUUCCGUAGAAUAUCCUGAAGGAGAUUCUAAACAGCUUUUGUCAGAAACUUUCAACACCUCAAAGAAUGUGGAACGCGAUCAAGAAGAUAAUAGUGAAGAUGGCUCAUCCCACCCUCUUGAAGAACAUCGUGAGGGCGUAUCUGAGGAGCGUCCCCCUGGAGCAUCAGUUGGUAAAGCAUUUGAAAAGAAAAAUAGGAAAGACAUUCAUUCCUAUCAAAAGCAAGUCAAUACUGACAACCAAAUAAAUGUGGCCAAGAAAGAGAAAAGUGAAGAGCCCAAGGAUCGACCACCUGUAACUAAAAAUAAGCGUUCUGGUAAGAGUUCUUGCAGCAACAAAGGUCGCAGGUGYGAGUUUUGUGGAAAAGUAUUCUCAGCAGCUGGUAACCUUGCACGUCAUGUUCGACUUCAUACCGGUGAAAAGCCCUUUCAGUGUAAAGAAUGUGGAGAGUCCUUUAUGCGUACGGAUAUCUUGUCUCAACAUAUGGUGAAGUACCAUACGUAGAAAGGAUGCCAUGGUAAUCUAGAUUCUUAUAUUGGUAAUUUGUAUUCAUUGACAAGAGCUACUAGUUGUAAUCACUUGAUUCUUGGUGAAGCAAGAUCUCCAAAGUCCUAGUACCAAAGUCUUGUUGCGUUCGGAUUAUCCAUAUUUCAGGACACGUGCAAUGGACUUAGUUAAGAAACUCAUCGCUGAAGCAAAAUAUCUUAGAUAGAUUCCACUGCUGUUAUGUACAGGAACAUUCAUUGAAGUUCAAGUUGGAGGAAAGAACAAAUAUAUCAACUUCUUUAAAGAA